GCGUUUAGUUUGGUCACUUGUUGGCGCCAGAUGUCAAGGUAAAUUUUAAGGAGAAUGGGAACAAUAUUACAGUGGUCUGAAACUGUCAAGUAACCUUUCCGUAACGAUGUUUUCAGCACAAUGAGUCUGUCUUUUACCUGAAAGCUGCGUGCCAUGGCAGACAUCUCUAUCUAGCCGCGCGCAAAAAAUUGAAAUGGCGCGUUUGGCUCGCGGCGGUUGUGUGGGCGUCUUUUGCCGAGGCACAAUGCAUAUCAAUAUACGUCAUUGAGUUUUCAUGGCCAGCAGAACAUUAUUAGAACUCUGUGAGAAAAAUAUUAAACCAAAUUAAGAAGAUACGUUAUUUUGAGCCCGUAAGAUUAUCUGGAAAAGAAACGUAAAUCAAAAAGACGAGGGGGAAAUAUCAUAAAUCAUAACGCAGUAUAUGUAAUGCUGUUUAAAACAAAAUAUUGUUUCUCUUUUGCUCGAUGAAGGUUAAUCCAAGACAUGCACACAGGUAACCUAGUGAACCGUUAUCCCUGCGCAUGCACAUAUUGUUCAGUAAACGAAUAAACGAAGAUAAAUGCGAUUAAAACACACAUAUACGCAUACUUCCAAAAUGUGAAUAGCAAGAUCAGAUGUUGUUCUAGUAACUCGCCCCAGCUCAGGCAGGGUUGAGCUAAUUGUAGCCUAAUCCUGCCCCGGGGCGUUUGGAGAGCCUUGAGCAAGAAUUCUUGUUCAGCUGUCCUCUGUUAUUCGGGCUGGAACGCAGAGCCUUCAACGCACUCUCACGCUUCAACAAAAAAAAAAAAAAAAAAAAAAAGGAGCAAGAAAGAAAAAAAGCGAGGCUAAGACACGCCACGAUCGAUCUCAUGUUUUAAAGAGGGCUGAAGAUACAUUUACAGCUAUGUCUUCCAAGGAGGGAAGGAGCAUGUCUCGGCUGUCUUUGACCCGGUCCCCAGUGUCUCCUCUGGCCUCUCAGGGAAUCCCACUGCCGGCUCAGCUGACUAAAGCGAACGCUCCAGUCCACAUUGAUGUAGGCGGGCACAUGUACACCAGCAGUCUGGCCACCCUCACCAAAUACCCAGACUCCAGAAUCAGUCGUCUGUUCAACGGCACAGAACCGAUUGUUUUGGACAGUCUGAAGCAGCAUUAUUUUAUCGACAGAGACGGAGAGAUAUUUCGCUUUAUCCUGAGCUACCUGAGAACCAGCAAACUGCUUCUCCCUGACGACUUCAAGGAGUUCCAGCUGCUGUACGAGGAGGCUCGGUAUUACCAGCUGACGCCCAUGGUGAAAGAGCUGGAGCGCUGGAAACAGGACCGGGAGCAGCGGCGGACAGCUCAGCCCUGCGAGUGCCUGGUGGUGCGGGUGACCCCUGACCUGGGCGAGAGGAUUGCCAUCAGUGGGGACAAGGCCCUCAUAGAGGAGAUUUUCCCAGAGACAGGGGAUGUCAUGUGCAAUUCAGUCAAUGCCGGAUGGAACCAGGACCCAACACACGUUAUUCGCUUUCCCCUGAAUGGCUACUGCAGACUCAACUCUGUGCAGGUUCUGGAGAGACUGUUCCAGAAAGGCUUCAGCAUGGUGGCGUCGUGCGGCGGGGGGGUGGACUCCUCCCAGUUCAGCGAAUACAUCCUGAGUCGGGAAGACAGACGGUGUCAGACGAGCCACACACCCAUCAGGAUAAAACAGGAGCCUCUGGACUAGCCGGCUCUUGCGUCAACCACAAACACCUCAGUCUGCUGUCAAAAGAAAAAAAAUGCCAGUGGACAAAUAGAAGACUUAAUUUGCAAGAAGAGUUUACCUCUCUUCGGACUCCAAGAGGACUGAAAUCUUAAUGUAUGAGUAAUUUUAUCAAUGACCCCAAAUCUGCCCAAGAAGAUGUUUUACAAACCCAAGCGAGUCACUGGAUGGCUUUUCAACUAUUGACCUCCAGUUGAACUUUUUAGCCAUUUCUUUGGCUCGAGUCAUGAAAAAUGCAUUCGGUCGUCUGUAUUUCCACUGUACAGAUCCAUAACAUAAGUUCACAGUUGUAUGUGCGUAAAAAGAGCGAAAAGAGGAACUCUACAAAGAAGCUGCGUUUAUGACGAGCGCACCUUCCUGCUAGAACACUUCCAAAUGAUGCAGCAGUCUGAUCUCCAAGCUCCCGGGCGAAAUUAACCACAAAAUACAAAGUCUGUCCUCUGAUCCAUUUUUAAUCUAGAUAUCUAAAUGUUCUCAUUUCCCAGUCUCAUCCAUGUAAAUCAGUUCUUUUAUGACCUACAGGUUUAUUGCUGUUGUCUCACUACAUGAAGGAUACGAGAGCAGUCCUCAGAAGUCAUUUGGUUGUAAGUGCGGUCUGGAGUUGGCCGCACUGACGCUUUGACUUGAGGCUACAUGGCGGCUAAAGCAGACGAUCUGGUAAUGCAUUCAGUGCUGGGCAGAGAGGCUUUUUGUUUGAGCAUGUUUAAAGGAAAACGUGGACUCGUGGGAGAGCUUUUCUGAUGGCAUUGCCAAAUCCUACUUUCUUUUGGGUGCCCGUUUUCUUCAAAACUAGUCGCUUCGGAAAGUUCAUUAUACGUAAUUGCUUUGAGUAAAUGGUUAAAAAGUAAUGAUCUUUUGUAGAUUCAAUGCCCUAUGUGUCCAAAAUAACAUCUUGUUUGAUUAAGGCACCCUUGUAAAAAUGAUUCAGGUUGUUAACGAAUGCAGCACUUUCAGGGGGCGAUACUCGGACCGCUUGAGAAGAGGGGAAUUACUGUGCCCCUAACGCCUAGAGACAGAAGGGACUUUCCAGAAGUUAAGGUCACUUUCCCACAAUCCCUUUUACUCACUCUCCCUUAGCAAAACAUCGCAAUCAGAGCCACUUGGAGAAAGACUGAGGGAGAAUAAACUUGAAAGGUUAACUUCGUGGCUGGUAAACAGACUGAAUUGCAUAAUGUGUUGUAAAAAGGCACAUUUAAUAAGAGUUAUUUGCCUCGCCAUUUCAAAAAGGAGGGUCACUGAAAUGUCACAGUUAUGUUGUUAUGCUAAGUGUCGUCUUAACUGGCCAGGAUUUCAUUUAUGCUACGUCUUCAGAUUUCCUUGAUUUGUUGUACAUUGUACAUAAAGGCUUAUGGACGCUUCGCAGGCCCCUCUGAAUGCAACUUGUCAUCUCGCUGCCCUGCAACGGCCGUUCGGUUUCCGAAUUCAAGGACAAGAACAUCAAAAAGACAAUUAUUAGAGAAGCCAUGUCGAACAUUACAUAAAUCUUAAUUGCAAAAAUCCGGCUCUAAUGGAUGUUGUGUCGAGAUGUAUAUUGCAGUAUGGUCCAAAUGUAUAUUAUUUAAAUAAAACAUUUUUUGUAAUGGAUAAUUAUUGAUAUGAAUCAUAGUGAUAUGUCAGGCAUGUGUUUAUUUGAAUUGUCACAUUCUUUUUGUAAUUGGUGUUGAUAAACGGACUUUUAAUAAAUUGUUGGAGUUCUUUCCCUAUUUUAAAACCACUGGCAGCAUGCAUGUGAAUGUGUCGGGGAAAAAAUUAUACAAAUGACAGGGAACAUAUUUCAAGUAAACACUAAAUGGCAUGAACAUGGUCAGGGUUAGUCAAAAAUUCGGUGUGAAAUGGAAUAUCAGAAUAGAAACAAAAAGGUUCUAUCAGUUGAUUGUUGAUUGGAUGAAGGCAGAUGGGGCGGAGUUUCAGUAGACUUCAUGAAUGGAGAAGUAUGGCAGAUGUCAGCAGAAAGAAGCAUCCCAUUUCAACAUAACAUUAACAUUUUGAUUAAAAAUUACAUUUUUGAAUGUAGUUUACAACAGAUCAAUGACGGUUAAUUUCCUAAAACAAACAAAAUCUGAAAAAGUAGGACAGGACUAGACGUUUUCAAUCAGAAACUGAAUCAUGAAAUGUGGGCAGUAAAUACCAGAAUAGUGUUUCACCUGAAUGAGUUUUCAGUCAACUGUGAAAAGCAAAAAAAAAAAAAAAAAAGGGCCCAGGAAUCAGAGCGCACUUAUUUGAUCUUUUACUUGCUGGUUAUAGGAUGUAAGGAUGUAUUAUGAUUAACGUUACAAACAGUCUGUGUGGCUUAAUUGACAUCAGCCAAAAAAAAUGCAUUUUGAAGACGGCAAGAAAGUUCAAGUAAACAAUUUUGAUUCCAUGUUUGACCAUGUAAAACAACAUCAAAGAAAGUCUUGGCGGGAGUAUAAUUAGGAACUUUAUUCUUUUACAAAAGUACAAAUUUAAUAGAGAUAAGCACUUUUUUUCCAAACCAACCAAACAUUUAAAAAUGGUUAAAUUUAGCAAAAAUAGAAAUUCUAAUAGAUAUGUUUUUAGACAAAAGACAAUCCUUCGAUCAACAAUACUGUUUGUCCAAAUGCCAGUACAAACAAUACGAAUUAAAACCAAUCUGAGCGAUGGAAAAAGAUUUGCCUCAGAUCUCAAAGGAAUCAUUGCACUCGACAUGAACGCUGACCGCCUCCCAACAUACAUCUGUACAACGCCAAAAUGUAAAUGUCAAACAUGUCCUCUCUUACUGCAUGUCAUAAAGGGCAGUAUACAAAUAUUCGGUAUUCGGGACAUAAAAUAAUGCCCAAUGACAGAUACUAAAUUUAUAGUGAACUUGAUUUCAAACACAAAAGUACAUGAUACAAAAUGCGACCGUAUUUUAAAAUCACUGCAGUCCGUCAAAGCCACUCCAUUUUGAAUGUAUAUAAAAAAAAAAGGUCAAAUUAAAAGCACACACAACCUGCCACUUCUCCACAAAUAAGUUACGAGAGAUCCUGCUCUAGAAUCAUUGGUGAAGCGGUGCAUAUUAGUAUGAGCAUAUUAGAUAAUUCCAUGCCUUGGAUUUGAUUAAAAACAAUGGUGCCCCAGGAGGGCCACGUAAGGCACCAUUUCACAGUAUACUUAACACAGACACUAGUGAAACUGUACACGCCUAUAACCCCACACCGAGUGUGUGAGACAAAACCGUCACUGAAUUUCAAAAGACCAUCCAAUAGGAUGAAAGACAGUCAGUGUUUUACAACACAGAGUUUCUUCAUUUUGCAGAAAUCAGUAACCAAAAAAAAAACAAAAAAACUGAAAACAUCCACACGGAUCUUUAAGAGACUUAAAGAUGCGCUACUUAUAAGUUACUAAAAAUACUCCUGACUUGUUAGACCUCUAAAACCAGGAACUUUGCAUUCACAUUUCCAGUGUCUCUAUUGCAAAUUAGGCUUUCGGAAAAAACAAGUCCAGCUGCUAUUUAUAUAAAACAAAAAAUCUCGAUCUUUAUCCUGAAACAUAAAACCAGUCCAAGUUCAACACUGCUCCAAAUGAUGGCUCAUUAAUCCAAAACAAAGGGGAAAUAAAACCAUAAAACGGUGACUCAGA